CAGCUGUUCGUUGGCUUAGACUCCGUAACGUACGCGACGGUCGCUGUUCUGAGCUCCAGGCCAAGGCGCGCCAUGGUGCUGGAAGAGCAGUUCAUCCAGAAAUGUCGGGAGGCCUUCAAUACCUUUGACCAAGAUGGCAGCGGCACCAUUGACACACAGGAGAUGAAGCUCUUGUUGGAAGCCAUUGGCGAGGCGCCCAGUGAAGAAGAACUCUUUCGGUUCAUGGCAGAUGUCGAUGAAGAUGGGACCGGUGAGAUCGAGUUCGCCGAGUUCCUGCGCGCCUUCGAAAAGCAGCGAGGCGGUGCACAGGAACUGGAAGAUGAGCUGGACACCAUCGAUGCCUUCGUGGCGUUGGGAGGUGAACCUGACAAGACUGGUUACAUCGACACCCAGCGCUUGAUCCAGGUGGUCAAGGAUGAAUUUGGCAUGACCAUCAAAAUCGAGAAGCUCAUUGAGGAGUGGGACAAGGACAAGGACGGGCGUUUGGACUACCGCGAGUUCGCUGCCAUCUUCCAGUGAGCGCAAGCUGGAAAUGCGCUGUCAGUUGGUGCCAGGGAAAUGGGAACGAAGCAGAAGAAGAAGUU